AUGAUCCAAGAUCAGUCUGCAAUUUCAACUCCGACCUUGCCUUCGAAGCAAUUGCAAACUUGGCGAUCCCCCACCUUCAAUACUCAGUUCCCUAAUCACUCAACCAGUUCUGUCGAUCGAUAUUCGCAAUCCUACUCCUAUGAACCCAAUGAUGAGAAUCAACAGGAUUACGAUCGUGGUACCUGGUUUCAGUAUGAUUCCAAAGUUGAAGUAGAACCAGGUCAAGAUCCCGCACCGGUGUUCAUCGCUCGUCCAAAGCGAGGCUUAUCAUUGAAAGGAAGGAAUUCCGGCGUCACAUCCAUUCAGAAACAAAUUUAUCGCAUGGAUCAAGGGGGGAUCGAUCCUACACGAUUUUUAUGCAAACGAUUAGAAGUGUGGCGACUAGCCAUCAAAGAUUUGGUGGCUUUCUUCAAGCAAAUCAUGGAUACAGAAUUAAAAACCGCUCAAGGCUAUGCAAUGGCAGGAAAGACUAUUCAAGUACCGUUUUCUAAUUCUGAAGGACAGUUUAUGCCAAAGGGUGGAAUUCAGGACGUCUGGGGAUCUUUUCGCAAUUACUCGCUGGACAGCAGUGUGCUACACCAGGAAUAUGCCAAUUAUCUUAGCAGAGAAGUCAUUUAUGCAUUGCGCAAGGUGAAAUCGGAUAUCAAAUAUACAAUUGGUGCAGUUCGCAACGACAGUCGCUUAAACACCAGUAAACUCUACGAUAAUCGCAUGAAAAUCGAUCAGCUUGUGAGAAAACUCGAUGCCGCUAUCAGAACCCUCAGCCAAGAUCCUGAGGCUGCGGCAGAAAAUACUGAUCCCUAUCUUAUCAAUCUCGCCAUCAUCAACAGCUUCCACCAAUUGUAUCAGCAUGAGAAUGAACUGCAUCAAAAUAUCUUAAAUUUGCAGAAUGAACUCGGUCAAUUUGAGCAACAAAUUAUUAUACGUUGCCGCGGUGUUAUCCAACGCUUGCAAGGUUUCAGACGACGCCAAAAAAUGGAGCCGUCAGAUAUGCUUAACAAGGUCAUGACGAUAUUCCAAUCUGUGGCUCCUUCAGCCGAAUGGGAAGAAUUCACCAGACGCAACGCACACAGCAUGGUGUCGGAUAAAGCCGGAUACAAAAGUGAUGGCGCAAUGUAUUAUCCGAAUCAGCACCAUAGACUUGCACAAUCCAUCAAGAUGGGACCGAUGGAGCGCAAAACAUCCAUCACGAAGCAUUGGAUUGAGGGGCUAUACGUUCUCACGACUGCUGGAUAUUUACAUGGAUACAGAAGCAUUCGACAAUAUGAAACCGAUGGACGACAUCCGGAUUUCAGCAUUUUUUUGCCAUCCUGCGAUGUGUACAAUGGUUUAUCCAGUGAGUUCAUGCACCAUAAUCAGAUUUUGGAGAUUCGCCGUCGAAAUCCGCACCCAGGACUGUCAUUGGAAAAAAGUUACACGUUUAGAGCCCGAGAUUUGCAUGAAAUGGAAGAGUGGUCCGAAAUCCUCAAGCUUGCAACGCAACAGUUUCGCGAACCUCCUGCACAUGGAGACAAUCAACAAUAUUUGGGCUACGAAGACCGAGCACUGCCUCCACUUCCAUCGAGCAAUUCAGAAACCUCCCUUUCAACCAGACCUGGACAGAUGCACAACGAUAUGUCUAAUGCAUACUACGAAUAUUCCAAUUGGACUGAUCGUAACUAUGAUCAUGGUAUGAAUACGACAUCAUCGCAACCUUACAGCCUUAUGCAGCCCCCACACGAUGAUACCAGAUCAUCAUCGUUUUCCUUGGAUCAGGAUUCUACCAGGACAUCAGGUGUAAGGACUUCUCUACUGUCGAGCUCUAGACGCAGCUCGGAAGCAGCUAAAGAACAAGGUGCAUCAUCCUCUUCAGCCCCAUCUUCCCCGCAUCGUGGUCAUCGAGAUGUUCCACCGCAUAACGAAGCGUUGGAUCAACCCCACUCCGAACCGCAGUCCAAAUCCCCCACACAGGAAUCGCCAAAGUCGCCUUCUUCAAAACCUAACAAGCGCGAUUCUUCACCGUCGCAUCAUGAAAAUUCUGCAAGUCGGGGCCCGGCAAUAAUUUACGAAGAAGAGAACACAAAUGACAAGAAUACGGAAUCAAAAGAUACGACGACUGCACGUCAACCUUUGGAUGAAAGUCGACCAACAGCUUCAAAUGCUGAAGAAGAACCUACUUCCGAUGCACAAUCAGAAGGAAGCCAUAUGCCAGGCAGCUAUAUCGAAUAA